CCUGUAGUUUAGGUGCUUGGGCGGUUUGUUUCCUUAUUUUUUUCUUUAAUACCUCCUGCUGCAACAACAAUUUACUGAGAGCAGUUGAAGGCAGCACGAGAAGGAACAGGAAACGAAAGCUCUGUUUUGGACAAACACUUUGCUCCGAGCAGACGCCCUCAGUUCUGAGCCCGGAAUCUAGUCUCCGCCAUGGACAACCUAGAGGAGGACCUGACAUGCUCCGUGUGCUACUCGUUGUUCUCUGACCCGCGAGUGCUGCCGUGCUCACACACCUUCUGUAAGACCUGCCUGUGCAACUUGCUCCAGGCGUCAGCCAACUAUUCCAUCUGGCGUCCGCUCCGCUUGCCGCUAAAAUGCCCCAACUGUCGCAGCGUGGUGGAGCUGCCCCCGGCGGGCGUAGACGCUCUGCCCACCAACGUAUCUCUGCGGGCCAUCAUCGAGAAAUACCAGAGUGACAGUGAGCCGCGACCCCCUUCCUGUCAGGAUCACUAUCGGCAGCCUCUGAACAUGUACUGCGUCCAGGAUCGGCAGCUGAUCUGUGGGCUGUGUCUGACGGUCGGGCAGCACCAGGGCCACCCUAUAGAUGACCUGCAGGCGGCAUUCAUCAGAGAGAAACGGACCCCGUCGCUACUGCUGGCCAGACUCUCUGAGCGCAGAUGGGCACAGGUGUGUGAGCUGGGGGAGCAGCUGGAGCAAGAGAAGGCCCGCUGUGAAGGUCUGCUGAGGCAGGACCGUCAGGAAGUCAAUCAGUAUUUUCAGAUGCUGGAGGCAGUGCUGGCCAGGAAGAGACAAGCCUACCUGGAGGCCCUGGAUAAAGCUGGUGCGGAGGUGUCCCGCGCCUACGACCCUCUCAUCCACAGCGUGAAGGAGCUACAGGAAGAGCAGUUGGACCUGGUGUCUCUGGGCUCAUCAGUAGAGGAGGAGGACUCGCCGCUGGUCUUCCUGGAGAAGGUGCAUUUGCUCAGAGAGAGGGUGGAGGAGCUGAUUUCAACCCCUCUGCCUUCAGUCAUAAACCUCUCCGUUACGCCACGGGCGGCCGAGCACCUCCAGCGGCACUGGCCUGCUGUGACCAUCGGGAGACUGGAGGAAGCGCCCGUCCCUAAGGUGCGCUGCUGUGCCAGAUGUGGCAGCACGGAGGCUGGUGUGGAAACUGAAGCUGGGGGGGAUCAGUCCGACAGCUUGGCGCAAAACGUGUGGCCUGAGCUGCAGCCGACUUGUUCUGUGGUGGCGCUGCUGGGGCUGCUGAUGCUUGUGCUGCUGGCGGUGCUGUGGGCCAACCCGGUUGGAGUGGCGUCACUCGGUUUCUCUCUGAUCUCUCGGUGCACUCAGUUAGUCCACGGCCUGAGCAGUGAGAUGAUCACAUCUGUCUGCGACACGGCGGGCUCAGCAUACGCCGUGAUGGAGGCCGCUGUAGAAAGAUGGAGAUCUCACCUCUCCUCAGUGGGUGAGAAGGCCUUCCAACGGGUGGCUGCCUUUUUUUAAAAAAAUACUCUGACAUCCCACUGAAGGAAACCAAACUGGAACCCUCAGCUUUUUAAUUAGAAACCAACAAAGUCUCUCCUCUGUAUUCCUGUAGUAAAGGACAAAAUCCAGCCUAAAAUCCCCUUUAAAUGUUGAAUAUAUUAAACGAUCCCAAACGGCGAAAAUGAGAUUUUGCAUGCGAUGACAGUAAACAGACCACAGUGCAUUGCACGUACGUCUCUUGCACGAAUGCUUCACCGCCGUCCUGGAAAAUUCAGGCAAUGAGUAAACGAAUAAACAUUCGCUCAAAGCCAGCUUAGAAAUUUACACAGUAAAAAUAAUUAGAAAGUCUGAUCUAACAGAUUUUAAAUGUGUGCAUUAAUCAUUAUGAUGCUGCUGCACACCUGAGGGUGGAUUUUUCUUUUACUCUCACUUCAAAGAUUCCCAGGGGGAUCCUAUGAAAACCUGGGAAAACCAUUGGAUAGAAUUUACUUAAUUUUUUUUCUAGUUCUGAGAACUGCACAGAAAAAAUACUAUUAUCAAGUUGAAAAAAAAUAGCAAAGUUUAUGUAGCUGUAAACCUUUUUAUAUAUUGAAUGCUGUUAUUGUCAAGUGUUACAUGCCUCUUUGGGGUGUAUUAUUCUAGUUUAUGGGUAAUACUGCCUAAAUAAUAAAACAUUUUUUUAAUAGAGUGAGGUUUGCGAGAGGCAGCAUGGAAAGCUGCUCAGUGUGGAAAUAUUAAACUGGUGCCUCGAGACAUCUCCAACAUGCAGUGGGAGAUUUCGGUAGCUUUGCUGUGGUGUCAGAGGGCUCAGGACGGCAGUACAGCUGCACAUGUAUCUCCUUACGCAGGACUGUUUACAGUAUGUGAACUUUGGAGCCUGGUGAGUGGAACCAGACGCACAGUGGACCUGACUUGACGAGCAUACAGAUCAUGUUGCAGUGAUGCACAUCUGAUCUGUGCCUUUAAACGCGACACACGUAGCGGCCUUACUGUAACGGGCUCUUAAUUCCACCUGGAUCAAUAGUUGUGGCUACAGCGCUAUUUUUACUAGAAUGGUGCACUGAGCCACAGUCUAUUUUAAAACCUAUAGUAGCCGUUAGAAAAACUUAACCUGUGUAUCCCACAAAUCCUACUUUAUUUUGCUCAAGCAAGCUUCAGCAGGACUGAAACACUUGAGUGUCUGUGAUGAGUAUGUGGCUUUUCUAAAUAUUAUGUAUGUUCCUUAUACUACUGCAGAUAGACUGAACAAAUGUUGUUACGUAGAGCUGUUGUUUUUUUUGCUAAAUCUCUUCUCAGUUUGUUUUAAGAAUGUCAUAAUAAAUGUGUUCAAAUGCU